GGCGGCGGUUGUGUGGCCGCCGCCGCCGCUGCUGUGCGAGGGAGGAGGCUGGGGGCCGGGCCGGCGCAGCGCAGAGGGGAGCGUGGCUGAGGCGGGCGGAGGUGAGCGCGGCGCCCUCUCCUGACAGGGGGCCGGCAGAGGCAGCGCCGACAGCGUCCGCCGGUGCCCGUGCGCCCGCGUCCAUCCCCUGCCCGGUGCCGAGCCCUUGGCCGCGCGGCGGAGCGGGGCGAGGGCCCCCGGGGUGGCGGGGCGAGGCGGGAGCAGCAUGAGCAGCGCCCGCGGAGCCGCCCGGAGGACAGCGGCGGGGACGGGGCUGGCGGUGCGUCUCCUGCUGCUGGGCAGCAUCUGGACUCCGGUGGAGGCCCAGCUCUCCGGACUGUUGGAUGACUGCUUGUGUGAUAUAGAAAGCAUUGAUGACUUCAAUACUUACAAGAUCUUCCCCAAAAUACAGAAACUGCAAGAACGAGACUACUUCAGAUAUUACAAGGUUAAUCUUAAGAGACCAUGUCCAUUCUGGGCUGAUGAUGGCCAUUGUUCUAUCAGAGAUUGUCACGUAGAGCCUUGUCCUGAGAGUAAAGUACCAAUUGGAAUUAAAGCUGGGAGUUCUAAUAAAUACUCAAAAAGAGCAAAUAACACCAAAGAACUGGAAGACUGUGAACAAGCUAACAAACUGGGAGCAAUUAACAGUACUCUAAGUAACCAAAGUAAAGAGGCUUUCAUUGACUGGGCAAGAUAUGAUGAUUCACAGGACCACUUUUGUGAACUUGAUGAUGAGAGAUCUCCAGAUGCGCAGUAUGUGGAUUUGCUGCUGAAUCCAGAACGUUACACUGGAUACAAAGGGGCCUCUGCAUGGAGAGUGUGGAACAGCAUCUAUGAAGAAAACUGCUUCAAGCCUCGAUCUGUCUAUCGUCCUUUAAAUCCAUUGGCACCCAGCAGGGAUCUUUAUUUACAACUUUUUUCUUUUUUUCCAGGGGAGGAUGAUGGAGAAUCUUUCUACACAUGGCUAGAAGGUCUUUGUCUGGAGAAAAGAGUAUUCUAUAAACUCAUUUCUGGACUUCAUGUUAGCAUCAACUUACAUCUGUGUGCAAACUAUCUUCUUGAAGAAACCUGGGGGAAGCCUCGUUGGGGACACAAUGUCAAGGAGUUUAUUCAUCGCUUUGACCCUAUUGAAACAAAAGGAGAAGGACCAAGGAGGCUAAAGAAUUUAUAUUUCUUAUAUUUGAUUGAGCUGCGUGCUUUGUCAAAAGUUGCACCAUACUUCGAGCGUUCAUUUGUAGACCUUUACACUGGAAAUGUCCAAGAGGAUGCUGAAUCUAAAACCCUCUUGCUAGACAUCUUCAGAGAUACAAAAUCCUUUCCAAUGCACUUUGAUGAAAAGUCCAUGUUUGCAGGAGAUAAAAAAGGGGCCAAGUCGUUAAAGGAAGAAUUCAGGUUGCAUUUCAAAAAUAUAUCCCGCAUAAUGGAUUGUGUUGGAUGCGAUAAAUGCAGAUUGUGGGGCAAACUGCAGACUCAAGGCUUAGGAACUGCUCUAAAGAUUUUAUUCUCUGAAAAAGAGAUUCAGAACCUUCCCGAGAAUAGCCCGUCAAAAGGUUUUCAACUCACACGUCAAGAAAUAGUUGCUCUCCUAAAUGCAUUUGGAAGGCUUUCCACAAGUAUAAAAGAGUUGCAGAAUUUUAAACUUUUGUUACAACAUACUAGGUAAUGAUGGUUUUUACCCAUCCCAGUAGUGAUGACCAUUAAAUGACUGCAUCAAGCAAAAACAAAUGGAUCCUUACAGGACUUAUACUACAAGCUGAUUUUAAAAAAAUGAAAAAAUCAGAUACCAACUUGAAUAUUUAUGUUUAAAAUAGGAAUGGUUAUUAAUUAGAAAGAUAUUUAUGAAUGAAGUAUAUAGUUUUUAAACACAUAAAUUAUGCUGAUCUCCUGUCAAGUUUCUCUCUGGUCAUUGUUCUGUUGUAUCGCCGUUUUAUAUACAUUUUCUUUGUUUCACUGUUGUCUUUCAUUCAAGGAUAAUUGUUUAACAUUAAAUUACUGUUCCUACAUCUUGAAUGCAAUGUUGAUGUGAACGAACUUGCGCUGCUUCAAACAAAAAUAAGUGGUCCCCCUUUUAAAUAUUGGACAUGAAAAUAUUCUAAGGGAGUAGUCACUGCUUGAUUCUAGCUGUAUAGAAGAAAAUCCUUAUUUUCUUUGUUUUUCUUCAGUUUUCACUUGCUUUUUUAUUUCCUUGCAUUGUAUAACUCUAAAAAAUGGGAAAUUAAUUAACAGAAAAUUUAUUUUGUGCUGUGAGGUCCUUGGCACCUCAUUGAUGCCAACUGUUUCUCACCAUCCCCUUGUUUUUAAACGUCCUUGAUCCACACAUGCACACACUGUCAUAACUGCCUUCUCGCUGACGGAAUAAGGAUGAACGUUAUUUCUCCAGAGCCCUAACUCGGCAACCUUGGUCUACCCCAUGGGGUUGUUAGUGGAGCACUGCUAGUAUGAGGAGCUCUGAUCAAACAUGCCCUCCAGCCUCCCCUUUUUCCUCUCCUUCCCUAGAAUCACAGGAUCAGUCUUUAGGAAUUGUUCUUUUAGCAUUAUAAGAAGUUAAAAUAUCCUACUUCUUUCUCUGUUUGGGCAGUGGAAAUGCAUUAAGAAUGGAUGCAGUUUGGAAUGGACUUUAAUGGGAUUAUGUUUGUUGAGCAGCAUGAAAAGGUCAGUGCAAAAAAGACAGCUUGUUUUGAUAGACUUGAUUUUUUUCAAAAAUACAUUUUAAAAUGGCAAAACAUGACAAUAUUUAAUAGUGCAUACUUUUAUCUAUGCAAUCCCUAACCAUAUCUUCUCCAAAAGGAUAUUCAACAUAUUUAAUGAAACGGGUAUAUCAUAGACCAUCUUAUGUAAAUUGAUUGUUAAUUUGCUCCAUCAGGUUCCAAAAAGUACUACUGAUCAGUAGCAACCAACAGUUGUUUAAAUUUAAAACUGAAGUAAUAAAAGUAAAUAGCAUUUUUGAACAGUUUGCUUAAGCUGUAAUAAAUGUAGUAUUUAGUGAAGUUAUCUGAGUACAUUAUGAAUGUCAGAAAUGCUGGUACAGUAUCUAGAUAUGUCUAUAGCAUCUUUUAUUCUUAAACUUAAAAUGGUCUUUACAAAAUAAAUAAAUAAAAAGUGCUCUUAAACCUUUCUCAUCCUACCAAAUCUUACUCAGUGUUUUUGUUUAUAAAGUGUAUAGUAUUCAGGGGUGAAAGUAAGUUAGAGGACUUACCGGUACGCCGGAGCCCUGAGCAGGGGGCAUGGCCUCAACUGGAAGAGGCGGGGCCUUAAAUCCCCAGGCCCUUUAAAUCUUGAUAUAAAGGCCCAGGGCUCCAGCUGUGGUAGUGGCAGCUGGGAGCCCGGGGCCCUUUUAAAUCACCCCUGAGCUACCAGCUGCAGAGGCGGCUGGGAACCCUGGGACUUAGGGACGAUUUAAAGGGCCCAGGGCUCCAGCUGCCGCAGUGGAGUCCCGGGCCCUUUAAAUCACUGAAGAGCCCUGGGGGCUCCUGGUUGCCAGUGCUACCCUGGGGCUCUGGGCUCUGGCAGAGCUUUAAAGGGCCAGGGGCUCCACUGUGGUAGUGGCUGCUGGAGCCCCAAGCCCUUUAAAUCUCCGCCUGAGCCCUGCUACCCGAGCCCUGGCGUAGCGGCGGCCGGUCUCUGUCAGGGAUUUAAAGGGCCCCUGGGCUCCAGCUGCCACUACCAUCCCGGCCCUUUAAAUCUACUCCGGAGCCCCACCACCACUACCCCAGGGCUUCAGCAGCAGGGCUCCGUCGGGGAUUUAAAGUCCUGGGGCGGUAGCAGCUGCUGGAGCUCCAAGGCCAUUUAAAUCCCCACCAGAGCCCCCCCACCUCUACCCCAGGGCUCGGGCAGCAGGGCUCAAGCUGGGAUUUAAUGGGCCCGGGGGGGGGGGGGUAGCACGGUGGCUGGAGCUCUGGGGCCCUUUAAAUCCCCGACUGAGCCCUGCUGCCUGAGCCCUGGGGUAGCCAUGGUGGGGAUUUAAAGGGCUGGGGCGGUAGCAGGGGCUGGAGCUCUGGGGCCCUUUAAAUCCCCACCAGAGCCCCGUCGCAGCUACCCCAGGGCUUCGGCAGCAGGGCUCGGGCGGGGAUUUAAAGGGCUGGGGCAGUAGCAGCGGCUGAAGCUCCGGGGCCCCUUAAAUCCCUGCCGCAGCCCUGCCGCUGCUACCCCAGGGCUUUAAAUUGCCAUCUGGGAAAGCCGGUCCCAGUACGGCGCACCAGCUCUUACUGGUACACCGUACCAGGGCGUACCGGCUUAGUUUCACCUCUGAUAGUAUUGUAACUAUAGGUCAUGUUAAAGUGUGUUAAAUUCUAUAAUGUUGCCCUCUACAGUUCAGAGGGGAAAAAACUUUGAAAGCAGCAUUAUGUACUGUGUUCUUCUCGUAACCUUCCCAGUCCAUAAACAAAACUACUACCUUUUUCAUUUGAUUGAAAAGGAAAUAGGCUAUCCUGCUCUCCGUAUUUGCUUUGGAGUCAAACUGAUGAAAAUUAAAUGGAAAAAUCAUUUUGGUCGCUGUUAAAUAAAUUAGCAUUGAAGCUGA